UCACCACAAAAGGACAAUCCGGCACACAGGAAGCAGAGGGCCCACGGGCAAAGGGUACAGGAAGGUCGCAUUGAGCAGAGGUGCAAGCGGGCGAGGACACGGCGCAACGGGCUACGACGAGAUACAAGGAGAACAGACCGCCUAGACGAUUUACGCGACCGACAGAUCAUGCCUGGCUCACUCGACGAAUGGCUCGUGAUGGCCAAGAAGUGCCAACACCUGCCUGAGCCUGAUUUACGGCGACUAUGCGAGAUGGUCAAGGAAAUCCUGAUGGAAGAGUCCAAUAUUCAGCCUGUGCGAACGCCAGUGACGAUCUGUGGCGAUAUCCAUGGUCAAUUUUACGAUUUGAUGGAGCUCUUCCGCGUUGGCGGGCAGUUGCCCGACACAAACUACAUCUUCAUGGGCGAUUUUGUGGAUCGGGGCUACUUCUCGCUCGAGACAUUCACACUCCUCAUGUGCUUCAAGGCCAAGUUUCCAGACAAAAUUACACUACUGCGCGGUAACCAUGAGUCUCGGCAGAUCACACAAGUAUACGGCUUCUACGACGAAUGUCAAACAAAGUACGGCAAUGCGAAUGUGUGGAAGUACUGCUGUCAAGUAUUUGACUUUUUGACACUCGCUGCCAUUGUCGAUGGCAAAGUGUUGUGUGUACAUGGUGGCCUGUCACCUGAAAUAAGAACCCUCGACCAGAUUCGGGUGAUUGCGAGAGCGCAAGAAGUCCCGCAUGAAGGUGCAUUUUGUGAUCUUAUGUGGUCUGACCCGGAGGAAGUGGAUACGUGGGCCAUCAGUCCGCGCGGCGCCGGCUGGCUCUUUGGGCUCAAGGUCACUGAAGAAUUCAAUCACGUCAAUGGUCUAGGGCUGAUUGCCCGAGCACAUCAACUGGUACAAGAAGGCUUCAAAUACCACUACCAGAAGGAAAAUCUCGCGACCGUUUGGUCAGCGCCAAAUUACUGUUAUCGCUGUGGCAACGUCGCGAGUAUCAUGCAACUGAAGGAAGACCUGGUACCUGAAUUCAAGAUCUUUACAGCCGUACCGGAUGAUCAGCGUGUGAUACCGGCAAAGGGACAGCAGCGGAGUGAUUACUUUGUAUAAGUAUCUUUUGCAUGUGCUUGUAAUCAAGAUGGUGCUUGGCGCGUGCAAAGUCUUUCCUAUAGCCGCCAAUCACGAAUGCAUAGAGUGACAGAAGACUCGAAUAUGAAAUUGGCAUUGACUCUGAAGCAUGACUGAGCUCGUCUCCCUCCUUUGUACUCGUCUCAUGGAUUAGAAAAGAUGCUUCCAUCUGAAAGCUUCUCCCGU